AUGGCCCUGUGCAAUGCACACUGCUGCUCCAGGGAUGGCUUCGAGGAGUUCUUUGAUCAGCUGCAUAAGAACAAGAUCCCCCUCUUCAUCUUCUCUGCUGGGGUUGGGGAUGUCCUGGAGGAGAUCAUCCGUCAGGCCAAUGUCUUCUACCCCAAUGUCAACGUGGUGUCCAACUACAUGGCCUUCAGUGAUGAGGUGAGUUCUUACCUGGCACCUGUGUGCUCACUGUUUCUCACGGGUGCCAGCACCUUGGGCUCGCUCUGGCCAGUGGGUUACGCAGGGAUUUGGUUUUUUCCCCUCUUGCAGGUCAUUUCUGACUUUGACAUGACGCUGAGCAGGUUUGGUUGCAAUGGCAGGCGCUGCCCCACGUCUCACAAUAUCCUUGAUACCAGCCGUGUUAUCAGUGAGGAUGGCAAGAAGAAGCUGAAGGAUCUGCUCCACCAUUACUAUCCCAUAGAAAUAGAUCCCAACCGGACCCUGGAAGAGAAACGUCCCCUCAUGGUGGAGUGGUGGACCAAGGCCCAUGAGCUGCUGGUGCAGCAGAAGAUCCACAAAAGUGACAUUGCCGAGAUUGUCAGAGAGUCAGAAGCAAUGCUCAGGUACAGGCUGGGGGUUGUGGUGCUGAGCUUUGGGCAUGGAGUAGCUGUCUGUCUGUCUGUCCCCUGUGCUCAGGGAAUCCUCACACACUUCAAGGGGCCCCUCAUCCACACCUACAACAAGAACAACAGCGUGCUGCAGGGCUCAGGGUACUUCCAGCAGCUGAGCACCAGGACCAGCAUCAUCCUGCUGGGGGACUCCAUGGGUGACCUGACCAUGGCAGACGGCGUUCCCAGCGUGGAGAACAUCCUCAAGAUUGGCUUUCUCAAUGACAAGGUGGAAGAGAGGAGGAAGAAGUACCUGGACUCGUAUGACAUUGUGCUGGAGAGUGAUGAGACCCUGGACGUGGUGAACGGGAUCCUGCGGUACCUCCUGGCUGAGACAUGAGCUGGGGGCUCUGUGCCAGCUCCAGCCAUGCAGCAUGCACUGGGCAGGGAUUGUCCUGCCCAGGACACAGCUGAGGGGCUGCUGGGGCUGCCUGGGCUCCAUCCUGACCUCACCAAAGCCCUCGGGCAGCCCUGGAGCAGCAGAGGUGAGGUGGAGGAAGCUCCUCCUCUCCCUUUACCCCAGCUCUGCCUGGCCCUGCAGUUCCCCACCCUGACUGACUCUGCCCUGCUCAGGCUUCAUCCCACUGGGAUUUCACCCCUCCACCUCCUGAGGCCACUACAAACCAUUCCAUGUUCCAGACAGAGAUGUUCUGCACUGCUCAUUCCGCCUUCAUGAGGGUGGGAUGGAGAUAAUUUACCAUGGGCUGAGGACAGACCCAGUUUAGAUGUGUCACUGUGUUCCUGGCUAAGAAAACAACUUUCUCUCUUUGUCCUGUUUUCUGUGGGCUUCAAAGCUCUGGGGCUGACUCUGGGCUGGUGUGGCCAUCACAUCACCCAGCCCCACAUUCCCCAUGCUCACCAGCAGCUCUCUGGCCUCAUAUCUCAGCUCAUCCAUCCUUUUAGCACCAGUGCAGCUCUUAUUGUGGGAAUAAAACCUUUUCCAGCCGUCCCCGAAGGCCCCAGAGCUCGGCUGCUGCUGCUGCCCAAAGCCAGGAGUGAGUUUGUCUGCAGGGAUCAGAGGAAGAAUGGUGGGAAUGGUGGGGGGGAGAGGCCAAUGGCAGAAUUUUGAGUUUUAAACAACAUUUUACCUGACUGUGUGUGUGUAAUAAAUUUCUGGGCUGAUCCUGGGCUCUCAGAGCAGCAAUAGGAAAAAAAGACCAUUUUAUUUCUGUGUAACCUCUGGUUAUGUGGGACUUUGGGAAGAGCAGAUUUGUUCUGUUUUGGAAUAAAAACACAAUUGGCUAAAGCUG